AUCGGAGCGCACACACGCGGAGGGGCGCAAGAUGGUGGCCGGAAGGAAGGAGCUCGGGGUGGGCGGGGCGACUACACCCAACGUCGCGCGCGCGCUCCUCUUACCUCAGCCGUCAGCCCAGGAGCUCGGCGGGUGCUCCCCGCGCCAGGGGAGGGUGACGCCGCCGGCGUGAGCCCCUCCAAUGGGGCCUCGGGCCAGCCAGCGCGGAGACCGUCACACAGGAAGUGUCUCAUGUGUCUGCCAGUGAACCCAGGAUAGAAUACCUGCCGUGGUAAUCAUCCGUGCCCAGGGAUAUUCCUGGUAAUGACGCUGGCAAUCUUACGCUGCAUAAACAGAAGGACAAAGGAUGAUCCGAGUCUGAGUUAUUGUGGAUCAUUACGACGAUUAUUUUGCAAGUAUAACUGCAGGCUGGGUGUGGGAGGGGAACUAUUGGGAGAUUUUGUCAUUUUUAUUCUUUUGUGCUGCAUUUUGUAAUUGUUGUAGCAGUGCCGAGGCCUUAGGAGAGGUGCCCUAAAAGAAAUACAAAUGCAUACAGUACAUUUACUAUUUUGCUGCGUCUCUAGGGCCUCACAGACUUUUUACACGCUACGAUUUUCAUGUUGUUUUGCUUUUGCAGGUUAAAUCGUGCUUUUGCCCGUGCCCCAUUCUCAUCUCUCCCACUUUAUGUCUGUAUUGUCCCCUGCCUUUCACUUAUGCAGCCUACCUUAUUUGUGCACCCUCGUUGAAGUCAGUGGCAAAACUCCCAUUAAGCUAAAGGCCUUAUAAGCGAACUAAAUGGGGACUGGAUAAAAUUAAAUGAUAGAAACAAGAAAACAAGCCUCACUCCAGAUAGUAACCCCCACGGACUAAAAUGGGACUAUUUCUAGGAGUAAGGCUUUACAGGUUUGGGUCUACAGUUUCUCUCCUUCUGCUCUCAGUCAUACCCUUGAGACCACGAUCAUUGAAGUCAGUGAGGAUCAAGGAACAUAGGGCAGAAUUUGGCCCAAUUUUGGACUGGGGACGGUGUCUAAGUGGAAAUCCUAAUAGUUUCCUCUUGUCUAGAAGGUGGGUAUAAAAAUGAUUAACCUGUCCACAAUGCGACUGCUUCGGUUUGUUAGACAAUAUCAGGGUUAGCAAAUACUGGAGAGAUUCUUUCCUCAGAAAUGGCCUGUUCAUUGCAGAGGAUGUUCAGUGUUAUCAGAAGUCAUGAAAAUUCCUUAGUCAGGGCAAAUAAUUGGCCCUUUUUGCAUUGUCGGUUAAACCUUUGCUGACACCAACUCUUCCCGAUUUCGAAACCUGCUUAGAAAACAAGUUUCCUAUUCAGUGUACGUUGUGUAUGGCAAUCUCCUAUUCACAUUCCUGUAUCAGCUGAAAUAUCCAUAUCGAAUAAAUGGCUGGAGUUGUUUGCCGUGGACGCUGAAGGCUGCAUCUUUUUUCUUUUCUUUUCUUUUCUUUUCUUUUCUUUUCUUUUCUUUUCUUUUCUUUUCUUGACUGUGGGUUUUCCAGAGGAAUGCUUCCAUUUAAAUAAAUGUACACAAUAAAUAAUUGGGGACAUAUUUUACAUGAAUAUAGGCUAGAAAGCAAGAAUGUAAUGAGUAAAUGUAUUUUCUAUGGGCCUUAUUGUGCCAUCAAAUUGAGGCAGAAUUUGGGGAAAUUCUGGUUACAAAUCGAUCGCAUGAUAUGGCCCUAUAUGGUUUUAGCGAAGACUUUUAUGUUUACACACUCUGCUGUCUAGAAUGAAGUAUACAAAUCGGUAGAAUCAUUGCCAUUAACAGUUAAUAUCCAGAUCUCUCCUGUUCACGUUAAAUAACAAUACACCAUAACUGCCUGUAGGAAUUAUAUUAACAUGCUGCAUAUUACUAAUAUACUCAGUUUCUAAAACCCUCUCCGAUAUUAUGAACUUGUACAAAGAGCAUUGUCAAUAGAAGAAUGAAGUGGUGGGAGCCCUUCCACACCUUGAAAUUAGCAUUUGACAAGUGUACAAAGAAUAGACACUUAAAAGUCAAUCAGAAAAAAAAGCUCAGGGAUAUAAACAAUGUCGUCUGGUAGUUUGUUUCCAUAACAGCCCUGCUUAUUUGCUCCAGUGGAUUGCUAUUAUUUGCAGAUACUUAGAAUCAUAUAAAUUCCUGUGUUCUUCCUUUUAGUCUUUGCUUGUAAGCAUUCUCAUCAAACUUUUUAAUGCAAACUGCCAGUAAGGACAAAGGGCAAGAUCUGCGCCAUGGAUCUGGAAGCAGGACUCCCUAUUGAUUUCAAAAUCGAUAGCACAAUAUGGCCCAAAGAAUUCUAUUUAGCUGCCCGGGCACCGGCGGUGUCUUUUCCUCUUGGCGCUGGAGCCAGUCACCCCUCGGCAAUGCUCAGCUUUCUGGGUUUGGGGACUAGGGCUGUCAUCCUAGCACACUGUACUGAACAAACUCCAAAGCAAACUUGACCGACCGGGAUGGAGAGCUCACGAAUACCCGUUUUCGGGCAUGCCAGCAUCUUUGCCGGUAGGUGGCAUCCCUUGUCCGCGGAGAAUCUCCGCCAAAGAGAGCUCCCUGAAGGGAGAUCUGCAGAGAAGCAGCGCGAUUUCGGCUCCGAUGAGGUAACUCAACUUUGAGUUUCGCUGUCUUGUCUGUAAAAAGAGCAAAACAUCAAAUUGCUGGGCUGCCGGUUGUUUAGCAAAGAGCUUCUGUCUGGGCCCUACAGUUCUUCACGCCGAGCACUGCCGUUCAUUUGACACAUGCAAGGAGAUGGACUUUGCUUUCUCCUUCUUUACCUGCUGUUUGAUUUCCUGCACGAGCGAAACACAGCACAGUUGUCCAGAGAACUGCAGCCAGGGCCUGCUCCCGAGGUUAUUGCCCUGUUGAGCCAUGUCUGGCGUUGUUUGUUUCAUUGUCUUCUGUCACACAUUUUUAGCUCAGCCUUUCUAAGUUUGGAAGGAAAGAAGUCAAAUAUUCUUUUGGAGAGAAAAAAGUCACCAUCACUUUGAGGGAUUGCAAUAAAACCUUAUCUUAAUUGUCUGUAGUCAGAGCUGACUCACUGCCCUUCAGUAAACCCCACCUCUCUUUCCUCGAGUGACAGAAGGUGACUUAUAACAUUUUCACAGUGUGUAGGGAAGAUACGUUUUAACCACCUGAGACAAAGGGGCUCAGGGUAUGUGAAUAUUUGAGUUUUUCAUCGGCCUGUGCAUCAAAAUCAUGGAAAUAAAAUGUCGCGCUACGGGUCAAUAUUAGAACACCGUUUUCUGUAUGUAUUACACAUAUAAAACGUACACAGAUGAAUCAUGCACGGGUUUUGGCAGACAAGAUAAGGACAGGUAUGAUUAUUUUUGCAUUCUUAUUUCUGUGAAGCUGGUGCCUGCCCACGAAAGUUAAACUCCAUUCUUCUUAUUUAGCUCUUUUUGUUCGACUAUAAACAGUCUGGAAUGUAACAAAAAGCACAGUGAGAGGUACUAGAAGACAAAGAGAACUGAAAAAACCCCACAAACUAACUAACUAACAAGAAACUAGAACAAACAAAAACCCCCAACUGUAAACACUUUUCAAGUAAGGAAACUUUAUAUAACUUGCCCUUGGUACCCCAGACGGAAAACUAUUUCCCCGCAUAAACGAUAUUUCACUCACUAUUUUUUAAUACAACUAGAGUUACUUUAUCAUUUCUACAGAGGUACAAGACCCAUUAGCCAAAACAUAGCUAUUGAUUGAAUUAUUCUUUUGCUUUUGUAAUUUUUUGUGGUAUGCUCCUUUGGCUUCUCGGUAAUGAACACAAUGUAAAUAGGAUUAUUUGGAAAUACUAACAAGGAUUAUGUUCACAAAUCCAUGAACCUGAGUUUGAAACAGUGUUGCUUGUAACUUCUGAUUUAGAAAAGAUAUUGAAAAUGCAUUUGAAUAAAAUGUUAUAUUUUAUCGCCUUUGAAAUAUGCGUUAUAGCGCGUAGUUAUAUUUUCUUUUCAAAAUAAUUGUAAUCAGAAUAAAAUGACAACUUUUAUAUACAGUCCUACUUUAAAACAGAUUAUAAUUUAGAGUUAAUUCGGCAGAACUAUGUAUAAUAUGUAUAUUCAAGAUGGUUCUUUUUCAUGUCAGAGUGCUUAGAAGUGCGUUUAUCAUAAUCUUUCCCCUCUAACGUCAGAAGUGAUCCAUAAAUGUGCGCGCCCUCUAAUUGAGAGGAGUAUGAUUUUUUGUUAUCAUAAAAUGUGUCGGCUGACAUUGAAAAAAUAUCAUGAUUUUAUUUGGAAAUAUAAUUGUGUUUCACUUUCUUAUUACCUUUGCUCCACAGCUCAAAGGCGAAGAGAUUCUUAAAAUAUGUUAUUUUGUUUCUCCUUGCACGAGAAGGGGACUUCUCUCUUUCUGUGUUUCAUACAACAGAAAGGGCUACACUUCUUCCUUUAAAAAAAGUCCUUAAAAUCAAAUAUGAAAAUAGUGGGGAUAUUUUUGAUUCGCUUGACAGCUAGAGAUAUACUGUAUGUGUGAUACCACUCCUAAAUGACAAAUACCCCGAAGAGAGGAAAAAAGAGUUUUCUAAAAGUUUCUGCCCGAAGAAGCAUUUUCACUGGAGGUUUAGAGCACUACCCCCAUCCUGAUGGUUAGGAAAUGUUCCUUCUACCAAAAGUUCCGUUCAGAUCCUGAAAAUGCUCCUACCCUUGACUCGAAGACCGACUUUAAUUAUUAUAUAUAAAAAUGUUUAUAUUUUUAUCAGGCGUGUUCUCCUUUUCCCUCGUCUUCAAUUGCAGUUAUUGAAUUAAAAUCAAAUGGUCUUCAGAAGAAAUUCAUCUGCAAAAACGACUAUAUUCCACUAACAUUCCGGUAAAAACAGAUGGUUUUGCAUUUUCUCCUCCUGUGUAGUAAAACCGCAGGGAAAAAAAAGAAACCGUGUCCGCUGGGGGGGGGGGUCUCAAAAUACUAAUGAAUGAAACAGUAAAAUGCAGAUUUCCCUACCACCCGUGGGAUAUUUGCAUGGACAGUUCCUGUAUUUGGGAUUGCCUCGCUCCCUUUUUGGUGAGAUUUCCCCUUCUCUUGGGAAGGUUCGAGCAACAAAGGACACCAAGGGCGUUCUGUUGCUGAAAAGCCUUGCGAUUUGGGCAGUGAUUUGGGUAGCAAAUGUGUUCUCCAGCGACUACUCAGAAUAACGCCAACAACAGAAGUGCAGUUUGGUGUUGCGGCACAUGGAGGGCGGAGGGCGGGGGAGGAACUGCAACGGGAUGGCACACUGUAUAUUGGGAGAGGCAGCAGGAAGGACUGCGUAUUUCAUUUUCCCAACCCUGACCUUUAGCAAUGCGGGCAGUCGAGUUUCUUGGAAACAUCAGGACUGCCGGGGGCGGCGAUUUUGUCGUGCCUCCCCCCGCACCCCCACCCGCCGGACUUUGCCUGCUCAGUGCUGGUUUGAUUUCUCCGAGGAGGAACGUGCUGAGAUGUUUCCCCAGUUGUGGCGCUGACGUUUGGAGCCAUGUGAUGGGCCCCCUUUCGCUAUAAGGAGAGAAGAAAGGCCGCCCUCUUUUGGACUCAGCCCCAGCCUUUUCAAGAUCUUUCCCAAGACUCUUCCCCCUCACCACCCCCCAAUACUAAUCGCUCUCCCUCCUUCCCUGGAUCCAUUAAUGUCCGAGGUCUCUUGCGAGGAGGAGAAAGAGAGGAACCAACUCCGGGGCGCAGCCGAGGGGGAGAGAUUUCCCGCUGCCUGCUCGCCGGAGGUUGCUGCUGGUUGUUGUGUGUUGCUUGUUCGCACCGGGGCGGCGGAUCCUGGCUCUGGCUGGGCGGAUUAGCCGCCGGGAGCAAAGCAAGGGGACUCCAGCGUGCCCGGCAGCCGCGGCUCCCCGGCCCAGCCGCCCCGGAUGAGCCGCUCCGCCAAGCCAUGACUCUGAGCUCGGAGAUGUCCGAUGCCUCGGGACUGGCUGAGGAGACCGACAUCGAUGUGGUGGGCGAGGGCGAGGAAGAGGACGAGGAGCCCCGGCGCGGCGGGCGCCCCUAUGCGCAGGAGGAGGAAGAGGAGGAGGAGGAAGACGAGGAGGUGGGGGAGCUCCCCGAUGACAUCUCGCUGCCCCGGUCCCCGGCGUGCGUCGGCGCAGGCAGCUCCCCCACCUGCUCCCAGCGCCCCUACAAGGCGGCGGCGGGCGGCGGCGGGGCCGGCAAGAACAGCCUGGUGAAGCCGCCCUACUCCUACAUCGCGCUCAUCACCAUGGCCAUCCUGCAGAGCCCCAAGAAGCGCCUGACGCUCAGCGAGAUCUGCGAGUUCAUCAGCGGCCGCUUCCCCUACUACCGGGAGAAGUUCCCCGCCUGGCAGAACAGCAUCCGCCACAACCUCUCGCUCAACGACUGCUUCGUCAAGAUCCCCCGCGAGCCCGGCAACCCGGGCAAGGGCAACUACUGGACCCUGGACCCCGAGUCCGCCGACAUGUUCGACAACGGCAGCUUCCUGCGCCGGAGGAAGCGCUUCAAGCGGCAGCCGCUGCCGGCGCCCGAGCUGCUGCUGCGCGGGGUGGAUCCCGGCACCUUCCUGCAGCAGCCGCCGCCGCCCCAGCAGCCGGCGCCCUACGGCUACGGACCCUACAGCUGUGGAUAUGGCAUUCAGCUCCAGCCUUACCACCCCCACUCCGCCGCCCUCUUUGCCUUUCACCACCACUCCCCGCCGGCCCGGCAGCCCCCGGCGAGCGCCGCCGGCAGCGUCCUGCCUCCUGCCGCUGCUCCUGCAGCGCCACCAGCCUCCUUACUGCCGGCGGCGGAGCUGGCCAGGACCUUCCGCUACCCGCCCCAGCUUAGCCCGUCCCUGACUUCUUCUCUGCACGCUGCCAAAUCCAGCAGCUCGGCUCUGGCCCGCUCCCCCUUCUCCAUUGAGAGCAUCAUCGGGGGUGCUGGCAGCAGCUGUGCGUCGCAGUCGGCGGUGGUUCCAGUCUUAGCCCGGUCUCUGGUUUCUUCUUCCUCCGUUUCUUCCGCCGCCGCGGCCUUAGGGGCACUGCACCAAGGGACAGCCUUGUCCAAUGUCGAAAACUUUACUGCUAGGAUUUCAAAUUGUUAACGAUUUAAAGUCUUUCAGAAGGUAGGAUUCGGGGUAUAUCCUUUUUUCACCUUCACGAAUUGAAACAGACAUUUUAUACAGCCGAUUUGUGUCCUGCCACUUUGUUGUUCGAUACCUAUAUUUAUGCAAAGCCAAUUCUAUAUGCUGCAUAGGCAGAAACUUUUGUUGUUGGAAAGUUAUAUCUUAUUCCUUUAAAAAAAAUCUCUAAACCAUUGAAGUUCAGAGAUUCUCAGGUCCAGGAAUUCAAAAACAAUAAUGUACAAGAGAAAUGAAAGGUCGUGAGGGUGGACAAUAAAGCAAUACUUUUUCAUUUUAGUACACUUGUCUCAUGUACUUUUAUAAAAGGAAAUUAACAUGUUUACACAGAAGAAAGUCAAGAUUAUCCUUUCUUAUUUUAACCUGUGUUUUGUAUUAUAAUAGACAUACGGAGUUUUUAUUUUGUACUUUAUGCGUAUUCUUUACAAGGAAUGUUGUUAAAAUUACUGGCAAGUAUUAUUGUACUAUUCUAAUGUACAUUUUUUACACAUUUUCAAAAAUAAAUUUUUUAAUUUUCAAAAAAGUCCCACCCAUACAAUUGGCAUUGGACAUUCCCCUCCUUAGCACACCUCCUCUCACCCCACCAGCUAGAGUGAGAGUUCUGAUUUGUGAUUAAUAGAAUAACAGAGAAGUUAAUACAACAGUAUCCCCAAUAUUUUACAGCAAAUAGUUAUUUAUUAAAGGAUUUGACCAAGAAGAAAAUGAGAAUAUGAUCUUCACAGUCUAGCCAUUGUCAACAAUAACAGGUAAUAGAAAGUAAAAAUAUAAAUGGGGGGAGUAAGUAAAUCUAUUUGUUGUUGGAAGAUAUCCACUUCCUGCAAAUUACAAUGCUCUAAAACUAAAACUAUUUGCUUUUGGGUCAAUAAAUGUCGACAAUUUUAAUACUUUUGGGUGUGUUUUAAAUCAUAACUACAUCAAUUUA